AUGAGUCAACACUCUGUCAACAUUUGUCUUGAGUGUCAAAUACAUGACCACAAGUGGUAUAUCACAACACAUUUGGGCACUAAAUUGUGUGCCAAAUGUUGUCAAUACAAGUUGUUGUCUUCAGAUGAAAGUGAUUUCACACGAAGACAACUCUUGGAACUGUUGGACACAUCACUUAAAUAUGGCUGCGAUUGGAUGAACUCAUUUAGAAGUAAUCACUUCCAUCACAACGAAAGACUUGCAUUUAUUCUGACUUUCGCUGGUCUUCUGUUUAAUUUGGAUACAAGAAUCCGGAUGUUUGCCAACAAUUGUCUUAAACUGAUUGUCUCACAACUCAAUGACCAUUCAAUUAAUCGUUCACUUCUUGAGAGACUCAUUGAAAAUUUAAUAACAGAAAACAAUGCAAUCAAUGAGUAUGUGUUGGAUCUGAUAUCACUGUUUCUGAUCGAUGGCCCCACCAAUCAAUUAUCAUCGCAUCGACUCCAAGAAAAUGUACAACUUCUUGUGGAUCGACUUCAACACGAUUUCUAUAAGUUUGACGAUUGCUUAAAACGAUAUAUUCUUCAAAUAUUUAUUGUAAUAUAUAAUAACAUAGAAACAAAUCUAUUGUUCACUUUGGAGGAAGAGUUUCACUUAACUUCACUUCAAAUGGUUCUCAAUGUGUUUGACUCACAAAAAGUGAAAUCCAGCGAUAAAUUGGUUUUAAUAAAUGCAUUGAAUUUGUUGAAGUGUUUGUCUUCUAUUGAUUCAAUCGUUGAUUCUCUCGUAUCAAAUGUUAAUAUUGAUAAAUAUCUUCGAUUUCUCAUAAAUAGCGAAUAUGAAGAACUUAAGGGCAGUGCCUAUGUUUGGAUGAGUGAGAUGUUAUGUAGAGAUAACAUACGGAUAAAGUUAGCAAACAUUCUUCUUAUAGAUAGUUUGGACUUAUAUGUCGAAACAUUGCAAUCGUCGGUCGACUCAUUUCUCUCUAAUAAUAUAUUGGAAUGCAUUAACUUAAUGCUAGACAGCAUUUGUAGACCAAUUAGUUUAACAAACAUUACAUCACUGGCUAAAGCUCUCAUCAAAACACUGGAACUCUCGGCUAAAAGUAAAGACAAUAAACUUUUUAUUAAUGCAAUGACGGCUUUAAGACAAUUAAUUGAAAGGAACUGUGGCACACAAUUGGUUACAGAGUUUGAUUUCUUUGCGUUAAUUGAAUUAUUGGAAUAUUUUAUAUCUGAUCCACAACUUUAUUUGAUUGUCGUUCGAUUCAUUGCCGAUUUUCUUACCAUUUCAACAGUUCCAGUCUUGAUUCCAACAAAACGAAUGAAAUUAAUACUAAACAAAGUAUUAGACAAUAUAUCUAAACGAUUGUGUGGUGACGACACAGAAUUUAUCAAUAUAUGUAUUGAAAGGACGACAGCAACUAUUAAUCUCAUCAAAUCGUAUAUCAAUUUAGUUAAAUCAUUGGCAGAUAAUGGUUUACUUGAUAAUGAAGAAACAUUUCAUUUAUUAACCGGAGAAGUAAAACCCGUACUUAAUGAACAAGAUUUAAUCGAUUUGAUGGAUACAUCACCUGAGGGACCAAUUGAUACUAAAUCUAAUGAAAAAGAUAUCCAAGAAACAGAAAUUUUUGAUUUUUUUUCAUUUUGUUUGCAAACUAUCGAAACAUUUUUAAUUGAAUGUAUUGACCGUCUAAUUGUAGAUCAAAAUUCAUCGAUGAAUUCGCAAUUAUUUGAAUCACUUGUUUCGUGUUGUAUUAGUGUUUUCCAAAACAACUUAUUUGAUGCCAAAGAAGUUAACAAAAUGGUUGUUUCGUUGUUCAGCAAAGGAUAUGUACUAACAAUGGUUCAAAUUUUAUGGUUUUGUGAACACUCUUACAUUACUCAUAACUUUAAGAGUUGUUUGGUAUUGUUUUUGUCACAUUUACUCUAUAAGAUUCAACAAUAUGAUCACAGAAACGAUUUAGUCUUUCAAUUUGACGAGUCAUGCAUUGAAUAUUUUGCUCACGGAUUUCAACAGAUGAAUGAUCAGUUAAUGAAUCGAUUAAAUAAGUUUGUAGUUUACGAGCAAAACGAGUCAAUACAUAAGUUUUAUCGAACCUUCUUUGCAGUCAAUUAUUAUAGCUUUAAAUUGGAACCGAAGAAUGACUUUCAAAUUGAAGACUUAUAUAAUCUGCAAUUUAUUCGUAUUUUGAAUCAAUAUUUGAGACGUGAUUUGAGUUAUAACGAGAGUUCAGUACUAACUGUAAAACACGCGCUGUUUUUGUCGACUUUGAUACCAAUAGACAGCAAAAGUAUUGCUUCAUUGAGACAAUUCUUCGAACAACAAAAUAACAACUUUUUAUCACUUUAUUACACGAAUCACAUAAAUCUAAUGAAUUGGUUGUUCAUUGAACUCAAAUGCAAUAACUUCUGUGAGUACGCAUUGAUUCAGUUUUUUGAAUCAAUUCCCGAACAUUACUUGAGAAUUGAGAAGAAACAGAUAAUCUCAUCAUUCUUUCAAUUGAUUCACUCCAACGACAAAGCCAUACAAAUACUGAUUCAACUUAUUUGCGAUACUAUUACUAAUGUAUCAAUACUUGCCAUUCUUGAAGAAUUGUUGGAAGAUUUUGAACAGUUUAUGGAUGAGUCGGACAUUUGUAAUGAUUGGAAUAAAUUCUGUGUCCGAAUAUUAGAGAAUUUGCCUCAAAUUAUAAUCAAAAUUAUUUAUAAACUUAAAACUAUUUUUGAAGAUGACUUGAAUCCAGAAGAUGAACAAAAAGUGAUUCAAAUGUUGAAAAUUUUGUGUCAAAUGAUUUCUAAUAAUUUUAGUAAUAUUAGACUUGAAGUAAUUGAUACUCGAUUUGACGCAUUAUUUACCGAAUUAACAAAUUUUAUAGACUUUAAUAGACCGGACAAAACAAUUGACGCUAUAUUUAAGUUUUUUACGAUGUGUUUCACAAGUGCUGAUCAGUUAGAUUUAAAUGAACUUAAAUUGACUGAAAUACUACUCAAUUCACAAAUUGUUGUCAUUUUAAUAGUUAAACACUUGGAAAGCGAUCGCAUUUAUAAUGAACUUCAACUUAAUUCACUAAAGUGUCUCAUUAUCUGA